AUGAGUAGAUCAUUUCAGUCUACAUCCAAGAGGCCUAAAGACUUUUCUACUAGAAUGAAUUUUUCGGUCGGGUAUCCUAGCCGAAAAAUAGGUAGAGGAUUUGUGGUUUCAAGAGCUCAGACUAUUACAGUUGCAAGUGUGGGUAGUACUCGACCAUCUAGACCAGAGUGUGCUCAAUGUGGUAGACGUCAUCUCAGUGAGUGCCGAGCAAAUGAAAAUGCUUGUUUUAGAUGUGGUGUAGUAGAUCAUUUUAUUCAGGAUUGUCCUGAAAUAGUUAAAAGAGAAGCAAUAUUGAGUGCAAGAUUGGGAAAUGCUCCUACUAGAGGCAGAUCACAAAGGAACCCGAGAGUUGGAGCAGAGCUUAAGGAAAAUCAGAUUUACAGGGUUGAUCUAGUCAAAGAAAUAGAACAGAAAGUAAAAGUCAUUAGAGAUUGCCUGAAAGCAGCUUUAGAUAGACAGAAGUCCUAUACAGGUUUGAAAAGAAAAGAGAUUGAGUUCCAAGUUGGUGAUAGGUUUAUCUUCGAGAGGUAUCAAUACCCAAACUCAAAGGGGAAAAGAGAGAGAGAGAGAGAGAGGAAAGGAAUGAAUAUCUUAUACGCAUCCCAGGUUACAACAUCCAUAUGUUUAAGCAUGGAUGAAGCAGUCUCAUCCUCUUGUUCCUCAGCAGUUCAGCUCGGCGGUCGAGCCAUCGAUCGCCAUAAUCCCAUCAUUAGGGACGCUAAAAGGUUCAACACAAAUCCUUCACCUUACAAUCAACUACGGAAGAAUGGAAAUGGGUCUUCAGGCAAGUCAAAAAGUAAGGAUCAUAAAAAGAAGAGCUGGACUAAGAAAAGUUCAUUGAAACUGCCAACUGAUACUGAAGAUAGUAAUGGCAGCAAGGGGAUUGAUUUCGUCACCCCACCUGGUUCCUCAAGGUAUCUCUUGGGCAACUCUGGUUUUCUCGAUGAGAUAUCAGAUUAUGAUCCAGCUUGGGUAUUGGUUCCCUUCCAAGAAAAUCAGAUUAAAGUUGUAAAACGAGAUCAAUCCGUUGUUUCGAAACCCUCUUUCUCAGACAAACCUUCUAAAGACCAGGUUGUGGUUUUAAGGGUAUCAUUACAUUGCAAAGGCUGUGAAGGAAAAGUGAGGAAACAUAUAUCAAGAAUGGAAGGUGUGAGAUCCUACAGCAUCGACUUUGCGGCGAAGAAGGUGACAAUUGUUGGAAAUGUAACACCAUUAGGCGUCCUUGCUAGUGUGUCAAAGGUGAAGAGUGCACAAUUUUGGACACCUGCAACACCUGCUCUUGCCUCUACCAGUUUAUCAGCGAACAAAUGAACAUAUAAUUAUCAAUCUUUCAGGAAUUUCAACGAAGAAAUAUAGUGAAAUUAGACUACUUUCGGGCGUUAAAGUUUGACUUCAGUGUUUUAUGUAACUUGCUACUUUGAACAAAGUAAAAAGGAAGUACCGGUGGAAUCAUUUGCUUCUCUUUUUGACAACUAUCUUCUAAGUAACUCUUUGUUUUUAAUUUUUGCAAAUAAAUAUGUUGAAUUAUAGUGUA